AUGGAGGACGAGGAGAUGGACAAGAAGGUGCAGCAGUACCUGCAGCGCAAGGGGUUCCGCCUCACCGAGCUUGCGCUCCAGGAGGAGCGCAACCGCCUCUCCACCUCCGCCACCUCCGACGUUGCGCUUGCCCGGUCUGACAAUGAUCCAGCAAGAUACCAUGAUGGAUAUAGCAGAUUAAGAACAUGGGCAUAUAGUUCUCUUGAUCAAUAUAAGCACGAAUUACUUCGCGUCCUUCACCCAGUUUUUAUCCAUAGCUUCAUGGAUCUAGUGGCAGAGGGACAUAUGCAGGAAGCGCGGUCAUUUUUCCAUACAUUUCGGGAAGAUCAUGAGGUGAUGCAUUCAAGGGAUCUUCAGAUGCUGGAAGGCGUCCUCUCUCCUUCACACUUGGAGGAAAUGGAACUGGCCCGAUCUUUUAGGAAAAAUAAAUUUAAAAUUAAAUUAUGCGAGUAUUCGUAUGAAUUGCUUCUCCAGUAUCUCCAGAAAACACAAGCCCGUGUGGUGCUUGGAGUAAUCAAUGAGCACAUAACUUUUGAAGUAUCUCCUGGGCAGCACUCAUUAAUCUCUGAUGAUGCUGACGUUGUUGCUCUGAUUGGGACAAGCAAGGACUUGGCAAAACAGAUAAAUCAGAAGGAAGUACAUUGGGGGUUGCUUGAAGAUUCUGUUGAAGAGCGAAUGGAGAAGGCACUAGCAGAAUCUGAUAAAAUAGAAGCUGAAAGCAAGGAUGCUGAUGUAGAAGAUAACAAGAAAAGAAAUGCAGAAGGUGGAAAGCAAGGUGCUUCUCUUAAGAAGGCCAAAAAGGACAAGCUUGUAGGUGCGACUGGAAAAAACGUCAGAACUGAAACAAGCAUGGUUUCUGUGGCACCUCGAGUGAAACCGGAGCUAACUCUCCCAGCAACGCCUGUUGAAGUUGAACAAUCGAUUCUUGAGGACCUGCGAAACCGUGCACAACUGAAUAGUGUGGCAUUGCCAUCUGUCAACUUCUACACAUUCGUUAAUACACAUAAUGGAUUAAACUGCUCAUCAAUAUCACACGACGGAUCGCUGGUUGUUGGUGGGUUUUCUGAUUCGUCAGUGAAGAUCUGGGAUAUGUCAAAGAUUGGCCAACCAGCAAAAAUGUCAAGUUCACAGAGUGAGAAUGGGUCUUCCCAGGGUGAGCGCAUAUCGACAUUAGAUGAGGGGAAAAGAACCUAUACACUAUUUCAAGGCCAUUCUGGACCAGUUUAUUCUGUGGCCUUUAGCCUGUUUGGUGAUUUUCUCUUAUCAUCAUCUUCAGACUCGACAAUAAGACUAUGGAGCACCAAGCUGAAUGCCAAUCUUGUCUGUUACAAAGGACACAACUACCCGGUUUGGGAUGUCCAAUUCAGCCCAGUUGGCCAUUACUUUGCUAGUGCUUCACACGACAGGACUGCUAGAAUUUGGUCAAUGGAUAAAAUCCAGCCUUUGCGAAUAAUGGCUGGGCAUCUUUCUGAUGUUGAUUGUGUCCAGUGGCAUGUAAACUGUAACUACAUUGCCACCGGCUCGAGCGAUAAAACUGUAAGACUCUGGGAUGUUCAGACGGGUGAAUGCAUACGGAUGUUUAUUGGUCAUAGGAGUAUGGUUUUAUCACUGGCAAUGUCACCUGAUGGACAAUACAUGGCCUCUGGAGAUGAAGAUGGAACAAUCAUGAUAUGGGAUCUCUCGACUGGCCGUUGUGUUUCACCACUACUAGGACACAGCUCUUGUGUGUGGACACUUGCUUUCAGUUGUGAAGGAGCAUUGCUUGCAUCGGGAUCGGCCGACUGUACUGUAAAGCUCUGGGAUGUCGCUUCCAGCACAAAAACCCUGAAGACAGAGGACACCAAAGGCAGCUCAGCUAACCGACUGAGACUGCUUAAAGCUCUCCCUACAAAAUCAACUCCUGUUUAUAGCCUGCGGUUUUCUCGGAGGAACCUUCUAUUUGCCUCUGGUGUUCUCUCGCUAAACUCCUCGUAA